GCGGAAGCCGCACGUGGAGCCGGCUAAGGAGCUUGUCGCAGUUUCUGGAAACUUCUGCCCAUUGUCACAUUUCAGCCUCCUCGCCGGAGGCAGAGAUUUUCGCGCGCAGGCAGGAAGGCAGGCAGGGCGCGGCUUUUGCUGCGGCGGGCUGGGCGAGGGUUGCACCUGCAGCGGGGGAGAGCCGAGCGGCGAGGCGGCGGGCGGAUCCACACCUUCCCCAGCAGCGUCCGGCGCAGGGAGCCCCGCCAUGGCCGUGGUGGGCUUUGACUUGGGCUCGCAGAGCUGCUACGUGGCGGUGGCCAGAGCCGGGGGUAUAGAGACCGUGGCCAACGAGUUCAGUGACCGGUGCACCCCAUCGGUGGUGUCGUUUGGGUCCAAGAACAGGGCAAUUGGAGUGUCUGCUAAGAACCAAUUAAUUACCCAUGCAAAGAACACGGUGUUUAACUUCAAGAGAUUCCACGGCCGUACAUGUAACGAUCCUUUUAUCCAGAAGGAGAAAGAGCACUUGAGCUACUCUGUUGUUCCAAUGAAAAAUGGAAAUGUUGGAAUAAAGGUUAUGUACAUGGACGAGGAGCAUUUAUUUAGUGUGGAGCAGAUAACAGCUAUGCUGCUGACGAAACUGAAGGAGACGGCAGAGAAUAACCUCAAAAAGCCUGUCUCCGAUUGUGUUAUUUCAGUUCCAACUUUCUUCACUGAUCCUGAAAGGAGGUCUCUGCUGGAUGCUGCUCAGGUUGUGGGCUUGAAUUGUCUCAGGCUCAUGAAUGAUAUGACAGCAGUGGCCCUGAACUACGGGAUUUACAAGCAGGACCUUCCAGCUCCGGAAGAGAAACCACGAUUGGUGGUGUUCAUAGAUAUGGGCUACUCGGCAUUUCAAGUCUCCGCCUGCGCUUUUAACAAGGGUAAAGUGAAGGUGCUUGGCACAGCUUUUGAUCCUUUUCUGGGCGGAAAAAGCUUUGAUGAAAAACUAGUGGAUCACUUCUGUGCUGAAAUAAAAGCCAAGUACAAACUGGACCCCAAAUCUAAAGUACGGGCCCUUCUUCGUUUAUACCAGGAGUGUGAGAAGCUGAAAAAACUAAUGAGCUCAAACAGCACAGAUAUCCCACUUAAUAUUGAAUGCUUUAUGAAUGAUAUAGACGUGUCUGGAAAGAUGAAUAGAUCCCAGUUUGAAGAAAUGUGUGCUGACCUCUUGCAAAAAAUAGAGCUUCCCCUUCGUUCCUUGAUGGAGCAGACUCAGCUCAAAGUGGAGGAUGUGCACGCUGUGGAAAUCGUCGGCGGAGCCACGCGCAUGCCAGCUGUCAAAGAGAAGAUCGGGAAGUUCUUCGGCAUGGACGUGAGCACCACACUGAACGCCGACGAAGCUGUCGCAAGAGGCUGUGCCUUGCAGUGUGCAAUUCUGUCUCCAGCUUUUAAAGUUCGAGAAUUCUCCAUCACUGAAUCCGUUCCAUUCCCAAUAUCACUGCUGUGGAGCACAGAGUCUGAAGAUACUGAUGGAAUGCAUGAAGUGUUCAGCAGGCAUCAUGCAGCCCCUUUUUCCAAAGUCUUGACUUUUUACAGAAAGGGCCCAUUUGAACUCCAAGCUUUCUAUUCUGAUCCCGGUGGCACCCCCUACCCUGAGAAAAUGAUUGGCAAAUAUGUUAUCCAGAAUAUCGCAGCCCAGAAUGAUGGGGAGAAAACUAAAGUCAAGGUCAAAGUUCGCAUCAAUACUCAUGGCAUAUUUAGUGUCUCUACUGCGUCUAUGGUGGAGCAGAUGAAAGAGGAAGAGAAUGAAAAUCACAGUGUCAAGGCUGUAGUAGAUGCUCAGAAUCAAAAACCUUCAGAGGAGGACAUUAAUAACUUUAUCCAGCAGGGCAAUCAUGAGGCUGGAGCUCAGCCCCAGGUACAAACAGAUGGUCUGCAGACGUCACAGUCUCCCCCUUCUCCUGAGACUCCCUCUGAAGAAAACAAAAUCCCAGAUGCCAGAAAAGGAAACGAAAAGAAGAACGACCAGCCUCCCGAAGCGAAAAAGCCCAAGAUAAAAGUGAAGAAUGUCGAGCUGCCUAUUGAGGCGAACUUGGUCUGGCAGCUCGGAAGAGACCUGCUCAACAUGUACAUUGAAACAGAGGGCAAGAUGAUUAUGCAAGACAAACUGGAGAAGGAAAGGAAUGAUGCAAAGAAUGCGGUUGAAGAAUAUGUUUAUGAUUUCAGAGACAAGUUAUCCGGAACAUAUGAGAAAUUUGUGUGUGAGCAGGAUCGCCACCGCUUCUCCACGCUGCUGUCAGAGGUAGAGGACUGGCUAUACGAGGAAGGAGAGGACCAGCCUAAACAGGUCUAUAUGGACAAGCUGGCUGAAUUAAAGAAAUUUGGGACUCCCAUUGAAGCAAGGUAUCAAGAAGCGGAGGAACGACCAAGGUUGCUGGAUGAGUUGCAGCAUAAAGCGCAAAACUAUGCUAAGAUUACGGAUGAAUACAGGAAGAAGGAUGAGAAGUACCUCCAUAUUGACGAAACUGAGAUCAACAAAGUAGAAAAAUGUGUCCGUGACACAAUGGAAUGGCUACACAACAUUCGGAAUGCCCCAAGCAAAGCAAAGUCUAGAUCAGGAUCCUGUGUGUGUGUGAGUGAGAUCAAAGCGAAAGCUGAGGGAGCUGCACAGCUUUUGUGAGCCCAUUGUAACCCAACCCAAGCCAAAGGUAGACUCUCCCAAACAGGAAGCACCACCAGAACCAUCGCCUAAUCAUAAAAACGAAGAGCUGGAAGAGAUUAAGAACAUUGAGACAGUGCAGCAAAAUGGCGACUGUCACAUAAACGAGAGCCCAGUUAACAUGGACCUCGACUAGACCCAAUGCAUUUCAAUGAGCAGCUUCAUCAUGAGAAAAGACUUCAGGUGUAUUAUGUGAUAUGGGGGGAAUGUAAUGUUUGAGGGGAGGUAUUUAUAAUUUGUUUUAAAGAGUUUUGAGUUCUGUUAUAUUAUUUGGGGAACGAAUAUAUUGAAACGGUAGAAGUUGAGAUCAUGAUAAUCCUAAAAGGAAAAUUGCCUUGGUAACUUUCAGAUUCCUGUGGAAUUGUGAACACUUAACAAAAUCUUCUGUGCGGGAAUUUAACCUUUUGUAAUCAGUUAAGGCUACUUAAUAUCAAGGGAAUGUCACAAAAGGUAUUGCUCCUUUUGAAAGGGUUGCAGCUAGAGCUUUUAUAGACACCAAGGUGGUUUUCCUUUCUUCUCCAUUUUUGAUACGUUUCUUCCACUGGCAAAAGACAUUCAGUCAAAGGCAUACACGAAAACCAAAACUUAGAAGAAAAUGUUCUUUGUACCCAUUGUCCAUAAUAUUUGCUAGACUAAAAAAUUAGAAGGAAUAUGUGAAGCAGCAUGCAGAAUUGCUUAAGUUCAGUCUCUUGCUCAACAAGUCGCUUUCAUGUGUGAAAAAACUGAAUGAAGGUUAAACUGAUCCUGUUGUAAGUUCUUGUGGUGCCUUUAGUGAGCUUUAAUAAAGUUCAUUGAAAUGG